AUGACGGGGGUCACACCCGAAUCUAUUAAUCCAAAUAAUGGUUUUGAUACUCGUAAAUCAGCCGAGGAAAUGGAUGAACAAAGACAAAAAACUCUUGCUUAUGAAUAUUUGUGUCAUUUGGAAGAAGCUAAAAUAUGGAUGGAAGCAUGUCUCAGAGAAAAAUUACCUUCGACUAUAGAACUUGAAGAAAAUUUGAGAAACGGAGUUUAUUUAGCAAAACUUGCACACUUUAUAGAUCCAGAGUCUUGUCCAAAUAAUAAAAUAUAUGAUAUUGAUCAGAAGAGAUACAAAAUUGCCGGUUUACAAUUUAAACAUACUGACAAUAUUAAUCAUUUCAUCAAGUGUUUAAAAUCUAUUCAAUUGCCAAUGAUAUUUCAACCCGAAACGACAGACAUUUAUGAUAAAAAAAAUAUGCCGAGAGUUAUUUACUGCAUACACGCAUUAAGUACACAUUUAUUUAAAUUAGGUAAAGCUCCAAAGAUACAAGAUUUGUAUGGGAAAGUUAAUUUCACAGAUGCUGAAAUUGAUGCUGUCAGUAAAGAGCUUCAAAAAUAUGGUAUACAAAUGCCAUCAUUUCAAAAAAUUGGUGGUUUACUUUUGAGUAGUAUGGCUGAAGAUACAGCGGCUCUUCAUGCUACUGUAAUUGCUAUUAAUCAAGUAUUGACAACAUUCGAUCGUAAUUUAUUAUUACAAGUACUAUCAAAGCCUGUUGCUAAAUUAAAAAAUGUUAAUUCAGAAUUGAUAGAUAAUUAUUUUGAUGUUUUACAACAAGCCAAAGAAGAUAAAAUAGAAGCUGCUUUUAACAGAUCAUUGAAUGACAGUUAUGUCCCGGAUGUAUACGAUGAAUUAUUAACACCAGCUGAAAUACAAGGACAUAUUAAUUAUGUUAAUUCAUUGGUAGCAUUUCAAAAUCUUGUUAAAUCAUUAAAUGGUGACAAUGAGGCUGAAUUUGUUAAAUGUUUAAAUAAUCCAGGGCUUGAAUUACAGCGUAUUGCAUUGAAAUCUAUCAAACAGUAUAAACAAGGAUUUAAUGUAUUCAUUGAAAGUUUAUCGAAUGAGCAAGAUUUUGUUUCAAACACAAUACGUUGGCAAUAUUUAUUACAACAAAAAAUAGACGAAAUAAAUGAUGAUGAAAAUAAAAAUAAGAAAAUUCAAGACGCGGUUAAAUCAUUGAAUUUAGCUCUUGAUAAUGAUUCACAAGACUUAUUUUAUACUGCAUUAAUUAAUCCGUAUUUAGGUAUCAGAGAAUCUAUUGAUGAAUUUGCUGUGCCACUCUAUUAUGAAGAAAUGAAGAUAGAUCGUACAGAGUCAAAGUGUGAUAUUUCUUAUCAAGAUAUUUUAGUCAGUAUACGUGUAUUAACAGCUAUCGCGGCUGUUUCUAAAGCAAUUGAUAUUAAUAAUCCAGAAUUAGUAUUUGAAGCAUUGUCAAAUCCGGAAACUCAAAUAACAAACCUCGAUAAAAAUAAUAAAGUUAAGUAUUAUCAUUCAUUGGCUGAUGAACGAUAUAAACAUUUAAUAAAUAAUAAUAAUAAUAAUAAAUGCCCAAUAUUGACGUACAUUGAUAUACAAGAAAUAAUUGACUUAGUUAAUCAGCAGUGUCAAAAUGACGAUCAAAUUAUUGAUACAUUGAGAUUAUUAAAUAAAUCUGUGUUGGAAAAUAAUAAAUCUGAUCUAAUGACGGCUUUAAAAAAUAAUUUAUUAGAUCCAACAGUACCGAUUAUGGAAAAUGACGCAACAUUGUAUUUGAGAUUAUUUAAACAAUGUUUAGAUGAAAUAAGUAAAGAAAGAUCCGAAUUAUGGCUUGAAGAUGUUGAGUUUGUUGCUAAAAUUGUUGUUGAAGAAGUAACUCACGUACAAAAUGUAUUUAACAUAUUAAUCCAAAUCAAUAAUGCCUUAAAUAAUAAUGAUUUAUCAACUACGGUAGAGUGUAUUAAAAGUGCUAAUUUUAAAAUAAUUGAUAAACACUGUGAAAAAUACUUUGAGUAUUUAAAAAAUUUAAAAGAAUAUAAAGAAAGACAAUACAAGUGUUCUUACAUCUGUUGUGUAACACCUCGCGAUAUUGAAGCAUUUAUAGAUCUUGAUAAACUUACAUACACCUGGGACCAACCGAAGAAUAUAACCGAUACUAAUUUUAUUACUGUGGAAGAUAUAGAAGAAAUAAUAAAUGUUGUUGCCAAUGAUGAAUAUAAUUUAUCAUCUGAUAAAUUUAAUGAACAAGCAAUUAUUAAUUUUCAAGCGUUAGCACGUGGUUAUUUAUUAAGAACAAAAAUAUCUCAACGUUUGACACAUUUUUAUGAUAAUUCUGAUUAUAUUGUUAAAAUUCAAGCAUGGUGGCGGGGAAUUAAACAACGUCGUAUUUAUCUUAAUAUUUUGAGUGAAAUAUACAAUAAAGAAGCUGAAGAAGAAGAAAAAGAAGAAAAAGUUGAAAAAGUUGAAAAAGAAGAAAAAGGAAAAAAAUUAAUUACUUUUUCAUCAGUAACAAAAAUAUCAGACCCAUUGGAUUAUUAUCGACAAUAUCAAGAUAAAAUAAUAAAAAUUCAAGCAUAUUGGCGUGGUAAAAAAACACGUAAAGCAUUUAUUUCAUUGUUACGUAUGGAAAAGCCACCAUUUCCAGUUGUACGUCAUUUUUCAACUGUAUUAAAUUUCAAUGCCGAGGAUUAUGACAAAGAUCUUCAAUUACAACAGCUAAAACAUGAUGUUGUUAAAACAAUAAAAUAUAAUGAAAAUUUAGCCCAACAAUUAAAUAGUAUGGACAUUAAAAUAGGCCUUUUAAUACAAAAUAGAAUAACAUUACAGGAUGUUAUUGCACACGGUAAAAGUUUAGAGAGUCUUGCUAAAGAAAAAAAUAACAAUAGAUUACGUAAAAAUUCAUUUACCGAGACAUCUAGUUACAAAGGUUUAAAAUCACUUACCAAAGAAGGAAGAAAAAUGUUAGAAGGUUAUCAACAUCUUUUUUAUGCAUUGCAAACAAAUCCAAUAUAUUUAUCUAAAUUAUUAUUUCUUUUACCACAAAGUAAAUCAAAUAAAUUUUUACAAAAUGUUAUUCUUACAUUAUAUAAUUUUGGAUCAAAUAUAAGAGAAGAGUAUUUAUUAUUAAAAUUAUUUGGUAAAGCACUGGAGGAGGAAAUAAGAUCUAAAUUUCAAAAACCAUCAGAAGUAGUAACUGGUAAUCCGUUGGUAUUAAAAAUGGUUGUUAAUUAUGCCCGACAAUUGAAUGGACAACGAGCAUUGAGACAAAUAUUGGGUCCUGUUAUUGAAAAAGUAUUAGCCGAUAAAAGUAUAAGUAUUGAAACAAAUCCAGUUGAUAUUUAUAAAUGUUGGAGAAAUCAAUUGGAAAUGAAAACUGGAGAAACAAUUAAUUUACCAUAUUCAGUAACAGAACAACAAGCAUUAACUUAUGAACAAGUACGUAAAAAAUUGUCUGCUGGAAUAGAAUUACUUCAGAGUACAGUAUUGGAAUUUUUACAAAGAAUAACUGAAUCACGUAAUUUAAUACCUUAUGGAAUGCUUUAUAUAGCUAAAGUACUUUAUAAAACAUUAUCUGAAAAAUUUCCUAACGCACCAGAAAAGGAUAUACUUAAAGUUAUUGGUAAUUUAAUUUAUUAUCAUUUUAUAAAUGCAGCUAUUGUUGCACCAGAUGCUUUUGAUAUAAUAACAUUGCCAAUUGAAAAAUCAUUGUCCAAUGAUCAAAGAAGAAAUUUAGCCAGUAUUGCUAAAAUUUUACAAUUUGCAGCCUCGAAAAAAGGAUUUGGCGAGGAAGCAUCACAUUUAGUAUGUUUAAAUCCAUUUAUAAUUGAUUGUCAUGAAAAAUUUAAAAAUUUCUUCCGUUCCUGUUGUCAAAUAGAAGAUAUUGAUCAGCAUUUUAAUAUACAUGAGUAUACAGAAGCAACUUUAAUUCAUAAACCAGAAAUUUAUAUCUCUAUUCAAGAAAUUUGUGAUACCCAUUCAUUAGUUCUGGAGUAUCAAUAUGAAAUAGCACCUGAUCUCAAUGAUCAGCUUCACAAAUUAUUAGAUGAUUUGCAACCAUCAGCACCAACAAUUACAUCUUUGAUGGGUGUUACAGAGCCAGUAUGUGAUUCAACAGUUGCUCGAAUGGGUAAAACAGAAGUAUGCUUGGUACUUACUAACAAAUUUUUAGUUCCCAACAAUGAUGAUCAGAGUCUUGAAAAAUUAUUCAUUAAAACAAAAGAAUUAUUGGUCUCGGUGAUACAAUUUUUAAAAGGUGAUACACUUGUUAGUGCACUAGAAUCCACAACAACACCAAUUCAACAAAAACUUUAUGAUGCUAAAUUUACAACUAAUACAAGUAUAAAUACAACAAUAUACAGAAAUAGUUCAUCAUUAAAUGAUUGUAAAUUUCAAUUACGUGCCUAUUUAACUAAAUUGGAGCAUGGAAAAUAUCUAACAAGAGAAGACGGUUAUCAAACUAUCGUUACUGCUGUUGCUAAAGAUUUGUGUAAUAAAGGAAAGUAUCGUAUGAUAAGAAAUAAAGAAUUACAAGCAUUAAGAAUUACUAGACAACGUUUACAGGAAAAAACUAAAUAUUACGCUGAACAAGUUCAAUAUUAUAAUGAAUAUACAAAACGUUGUUUAGAUAAUCUUCACACUGGCAAGGGUACACUACGUGCUGUUAAAAUACAACAACAACAACAACAAAAAAAUAAUAACAACAAUCAUGCUAGUUUAAAAUCUAAAAAAACUCUUAAAUAUUCAGCAACAAAACUUGCUGAAAAAGGAGUAUUGUUAGAAAUUGAUGGUCUUUCGCAUGGACAAUUUAAAAAUGUUACUUUUGAGAUAACGCCAACAGAACACAGUGGACUAUUUACAAUAAAAGGUAAAUUUAUGGGUGUUGAAAUGGAAAAAAUAGAAAUAGAUAUACAAAAAUUAUUACAACUUCAAUUUGAGGGUGCUCCCAUUCUAAAUUUAUUUGAUAAAGCUAAAGUUAAUGUCAAUCUUUUAUUAUAUUUAUUAAAUCGUAAAUUUUAUGGCAAAACUUGUAAUUAA